GAAGACGAGCUUUGCCAUUUGCGUUGAAUGAAUGUGUUGAGUACACGAGAACAGCGGGCUCGCGCACCCGCUCUUGAUUGAAGACUUUGGCUUCUCCAAGAGCGCUUUGCCGUUGUCUUCAGACCGGUUAUGGGCCGCAUCUAAGUUUCUAAGCAUCUGGAUCGUAGGAUUUUUCAAGGCAGCAGGUUGGAAUUGAGAUUAUCUCCUUCAGCCAUACAGAGCACUUUGUGCUCGAGCAGGUUUCGUGUUUGAUUCGGCGAGGCAGGUUAUAUCCGUUGGUGACGCUGAGUAGGAUAUGUUGUAGCGGAGGAGGCCUUUGUCGGAUACUUAUUUUGCUUUUUAGUUUUUGAUACCGAGGCGGUCGGCACGAUGGUGAAACUACGAAUGAAUACGGCCGAUGUGGCGGCCGAAGUACGCUGCUUGCGGAGACUGAUUGGUUUUCGUUGCGCAAAUGUUUACGAUUUGACUCCCAAAACGUACGUCAUUAAAUUAUCCAGGAGUAGUGGAGUUACAGAGUCUGGCGAAAGCGAGAGGUCCUUGCUCCUCCUGGAGAGCGGUGUGCGGUUUCAUACGACUGAAUUUGCAAGGGACAAAAGUACAACUCCGUCAGGGUUUACUCUUAAACUUCGGAAGCACAUACGUACUCGCCGACUGGAAGAUGUCCGGCAACUUGGCAUUGAUAGGGUGAUCGACUUACAAUUUGGUAUGGGGGAAGGUACCCACCACAUCAUCUUAGAGCUUUAUGCGCAGGGAAAUAUUUUAUUAACAGAUGGCGACUACAAUGUUCUCACCUUACUUCGAACCCACAAGGAUGAGGACAAGGGGCUAGUAAUGAUGGCAAAGCAUGAGUAUCCUGUCAAUGCUUGUCGAUUAUUUAAUAGAUUCUCGUUGGAGAAGUUGGAGGCUGCAAUGAGGGAUCAGAAAACACAGGCAGAUGCUGAUGAAUAUAUUGAUGCGAAAGAGGUAGUACAUGAUUCUGUGGCCCAAGAAACGAAGAAAGGGAAAGGGAAAGGGAAAACGGAAAAAGUUUUGAAAGAAAAGAAAGUCAAAACCUCUUGGGGGAAGAAGGAGGAUACUGGGCGCACCUUGAAGUCUGUCUUAGGAGGAUGUUUAGGGUAUGGACCUGCUCUUUGUGAACAUAUUGUGCUGGAUUCUGGACUGCAAUCAGGAAUGAAAGUGAGUUUGGGGCCUGAUGGGGUCCUAAGUAUAAGCAAGGAGAAUUUGGGUGACUUGAUGGGAGCUAUCUCCAGAUUUGAGGAUUGGCUGGAUAGUGUGGUGAACGGAGAUCGAAUUCCUGAAGGUUUCGUGUACAUGCAGAAGAAGAACAUAAAAAAGGAUAAAGUCUUGCUUGAUGAUCAACUUCAAGAGGAAGAGAAGGUGUACGACGAGUUUUCUCCAUUACAUUUGAAGCAGUUUGACGACCGAACUGUCAUGAGAAUGGAGACAUAUGAUGCAGCCCUAGAUGAAUUUUUCAGUAAGAUUGAGGGGCAAAGGGCUGAGCAGCAGCGCAAAGCUCAAGAAGAUUCUGCCUUUUCAAAGCUUGACAAAAUUCGUGCAGAUCAGACACAACGAGUGGAAGUCCUGAAACAAGAGGUCGACCAGACAGUGCGGAUGGCAGAGUUGAUAGAAUAUAACUUGGAGGAUGUUGAUAAUGCCAUUUUGGCUGUGCGGUCCACUGUAGCUAGUGGAAUGGACUGGAAAGAUCUCGCACGCAUGAUUAAAGAAGAGAAGAAGGCUGGUAAUCCUGUGGCCGGGCUCAUCCAUAGUCUUCAGCUGGAAAAAAAUCAGAUCACUUUACUUUUGAGCAAUAACCUCGACGAUAUGGACGAUGAUGAAAAAACACAACCUGUCAGCAAGGUCGAUGUAGACAUAGGGCUUUCAGCCCACGCAAAUGCCCGGCGCUGGUUUGAGCAGAAAAAGAAACAUGCUGUAAAACAAGAUAAGACAAAAGCAGCUCACGAAAAGGCAUUCAAGGCUGCUGAAAAGAAGACCCUCCAGCAGCUUGCUCAGGCAAAAAGUGUUGCUGCAAUUUCACAUAUGCGAAAAGUACACUGGUUUGAGAAAUUCAACUGGUUUGUAAGCAGCGAAAAUUAUUUAAUUAUCAGUGGCCGAGAUGCACAACAAAAUGAGCUUGUUGUGAAGCGGUACAUGAGAAAAGGAGAUUUAUAUGUGCAUGCAGAUUUACAUGGAGCAUCAAGCACUGUGAUCCAAAAUCACAAUCCUCUAUAUCCAAUACCACCUCUCACCAUCAACCAAGCUGGGGUGUUUACGGUGUGCAGGAGUCAAGCCUGGGACAGCAAGAUUGUAACUAGUGCGUGGUGGGUUGAGGCACAUCAAGUGAGCAAGACUGCACCGACUGGGGAGUAUCUGACAGUUGGCAGUUUCAUGGUCAGGGGCAAGAAGAACUUUCUCCCUCCUAACCCUCUUGUAAUGGGAUUUGGUGUGUUGUUUAGGCUUGAUGAUAGCAGUAUAGCAGCACAUCUGAACGAAAGGCGGGUUCGAGGAGAAGGUGAAGAAACUGAAGAUCACAGUUCUAGAGUUGUAACUGAACAAGGCAAAUUGCAGCUUCCUGGUGAAGGUGUGACAAGAGGAGUAGAGGACGAUGACACGUUAACUCUUGUAACUUCAAACAACGAUGUCUAUUCCAAAACCCCUGAUGCAAUAGAAGAGCUUGAUGGUGUUGGUGAAGAGGAAGAGCAAGAUAUAGAGUUUAAUGAGGAUGAAGUUGCUGACUCGAAAUGCCCCGAUGUUGAGGUAGAAAUUGGGAACCUGGAUGAGAAAGUGGAUGCAGGUAUAGAAGGGGAAGGUAGUAGCGAUGAUGCUUCAGGAUUGGAUGCCUUACUUGAUCGUGCACUUGAGCUGCGAGCUGGUCCAAAGAGGACCGAUACUAAUAGUAAAUACGGUCUAGACACUUUACCUGCUCAGGUAUCAGACACGGAAUAUGACUUGCCAGUUGCAAAAGCCUCUCAGAGGGAAAAACCAUACAUCUCUAAAGCAGAGAGGAGGAAAGCAAAGAAGGGAGGGAAGGUGGAGAAAGGAUCUGAGAAAGAUGCUAGUGCUGAAACAGUUGAUGGCGAAGAAGAAAAGACCUCCCAAGAGGAAAACCUCAAGACUAAAUCUGCAAUAUUCAAAGAUGAUAAAAUGUCCGAAUCAUCGCCUUUAGGAGAGAAAGUUGGACGAGGACGAAAGGGCAAGUUGAAGAAAAUUAAAGCAAAGUAUGCAGAGCAAGAUGAAGAUGAACGAGAACUGCGGAUGUCCUUGUUAGCCUCGGCAGGAAGGAAAGAUUUAAACUUAGCUGCAGCAUCUCUGAGCAAUAAGAAAGGCGCCAACGACAAUAUUAAGGCCGCCCUUCGGACUAAAACUGUUUCGAACCCUACUUCUGCUAGCGGCACUGAAGGGGAUGCGAUUGCGUUAGGCUCAAAGGUAUGUUACAAAUGCAAAAAGGUGGGACAUCUUGCCCGCGACUGCACCGUCACGGAUGUGGAGCCUCGUGCUGCCCAUGAAGAUAGGGCCACUCCUUUAACGACCACGUUCGAGUCAGAAAAGACAGAGGAGCAUAAUCUAACUGCAAACGUAGAUGAGGAAGCAGACCGUACUCAUGCGACGGACACAGGCAAAGUAGUGGAUGGGUUAAGCAGGAGAGCUCGAGCUAAGGCUGCUGAAAAGGAGAUUGCAGUACUCUUGGCAGAGGAGAAUGUGCAAGAACUGGGAGAUGAUGAACGAGACAAGCUUACAGAGCUGGACUCACUGACAGGUUGUCCAACAGCAACUGAUGUGCUGCUUUACGCGGUGCCUGUGUGUGCACCGUACCAGGCUCUGCAAGGCUACAAGUACCGAGUAAAAUUAACUCCCGGAAACGGCAAAAAGGGAAAAGUGGCCAAGUUUGCAGUGGAUAUUUUUAGCCAUAUGCAAGAGAUUACUACACGAGAAAAGGAGUUGAUGAAAGCUAUGACCGAUCCAGAGCUGGCUGCAUGUAUGAUUGGAAACGUCAAAGUCACAGCCCCUGGUUCGACCAAGUUAAAGCAAGCCCAGAAGAAAGGGAAGAAAGCUAGUAACAAAAAGGAAUAGCCAAACUUAGUGAUCUCCAUUUUUGUACUCGAGAUGUCACAUCCAGGACCACAGCUGCGUAGAGUUUCACCAGCACAGGAAAUCAGGAAAUUAUGGCGGAAUGUGAAGCUCAAUUUACAUUGUUGAAUGCUCAAUAACUGAUUGUUCAACACUCGAUUAUCAAGUUUCAGUUAGUGAUUAUUCUACAUCUUAA